CUGGGUCAGGGCGCGGGCAGCGAGUCGAUUUACAACAACGCCAAUCCCGCCUACAACCGGGAGCUUUUCAACGAGGCCCACGAUUUUGUAAUCAAGGCGUGGACUACCACCCGGCCCCUUCCGCUUCGAGGGCAAGCACUACCACUACCGCCACGUAAACCCGUGGGUGCUGCCGGUGCAGAAGCCCCAUCCCCAGAUGUGGAUACCGGGGUUGGUCAGUCAGGAGACGGUGGUCUGGUGCGCCCGCCACCGCUAUCCCUACCUGCCUUGGGCACUUUCCUGGAGCCGACCCUGGAGAUGGUGAAGCUGUACCGGGAUACGGCUGCCGAGGAGGGAUACGAGUCCGGGCCGGAGAAUUUCGGUUACUUGCAGCGGGUAGUGGUGGCCGAGACCGAGGAGAAGGCCCAGGAAUUGGGCCGCGCCUUCAUGUACGGCGGCGGCAUCAACGCCUUCGCCCGGCCCGAGUGGAUGUUCCCGCCGGGCUAUAACUCGAAAGCUGCCACCCGCCGACUGGCCCGGGUCUCAGUAGAUCCCAACAGCGGCGAUGAAGCGCUGGUCCUGAAGCCCGCUGAUACUCCGGAAGGAAUAGAAGCCAACCGGAACCAGAUUUACGGACGGUUCCAAGCCGAGCAGGACAACUUGCAACUCAUCUGCGGCACGCCGGAUACCGUUAUCCCCAAAAUUCGGCAUAUAUUGGAAACGGUCCGCCCCGGCAUAUUCUCCCUGUGGCACCACCACGGCCCGGUCAGCCACGAAGACCGAAUGACCAGCAUCCGGCUGCUGGGCGACGAGGUGCUGCCCGCCAUGCGCAGCAUCGCCGACGAACUGGGACUGCCCGGCCCCUACGAACGCCUCCCCGGUUCCCGCCCCUUGGCGGCGCCGGUAUCGGGCUGA